AUGUACCUAGUCGCCAUCAGACUUCAGAUUGACAACAAGACCAAGCCAGCUAUCAGGCUUGCAACAAGAACACCCUCCACAUCAAAAACCCCAUCUACAGACUAUUCUCACACCGCAGAAACGGACUCUUUGAAAGCAAGCAAUCAGCUAGCUCCGGGCACAGCUGGAUAUACUUUGACCCUCAUCAAGCCCAACAGAUACCUGCUCCAUCUCCAGGCGUUCAUCAAGCUCUUCCAGAGCGGCACAAUCCUCUCUGCCCUGCUCAGUUGCCUUGACCUUGACUUGAGCCAGACCGGCUCCCUCGACACCCCCCCCUCCCUCAACCUAGUCCUCUUCAAACUUACCAAAACCAACAUCCUCCACAAGCAAAAUACGGUUGACAACACCCCGCUCAGACCCCCGCUUCCUCACACCAAGCGCCUCUCCACCUUCUUAUACGUCUCCCACCCACACACUAUCCCCUCCUUCAGGGUUGGUAAAGAUGUCCCAUACCACAAACACCAGCACACCUUGCUUUCAUUCACUCAUCUGCUCAAAUUCAUCAGAUCUAAUCAUACACUAAGGGGUCUCAGCUUGCUCCAUGCACUCCUCUACCCCCAAAAUGCUAACACCAUCGAUCCCACCCUUCAUGGAUUGGCCCCAAUCAAUCCACUCAGGUAA